UUCCAUGAAUAUUAGGGGCCCAAUCAUAUGUCGUCUGUUGGGCGGAUCAACAUGCCGGUAUAACUAUUAAUUUCACUUCAGAGUUUUCCAAACGUACUAUAUCUAGAAAGACAAGGAAUGUUUAUUUUAAAUUGUGUUUAGGGCAAAAUGGAAUUGUCACACUGCCUCCGUGAUCGUGUGACCACGUACUCCCCCUUACUUGAAAUAGUGUAUUGAUUUUUUAAAAUCUAUAUUUAUUAUUGGCAAACGACGACGUCCGAGAAAGCACCCAUAAAUAAAGAGGUGAAAGUGGGCUCACAAUAGCUGUUUUGGAAAUAUAAAAAAAAGAUACCGCAUAUACACAUUGAAAUGACUUUAUAAUAAAAUUAUGGCCAGCUACUACAGUAAAGAUAUUAUGCUUCUAUAAAAUUAAUUAAACAGGCGGAGGACCUCCACCCAAACCCCUGAAUGUCAUAGCCGAGACAGUGCAGAUGGUGAUUGGGGAAGAAAAUGCCAUCAUUGAUGGAGUACAGGGAGGGAUUGACUCUUCCUUGCUUCAAUUGCUGACCAAUGAUGGGAACAUUUGUAAUGUUCAGAUUGUUCAGAGUGAACCUGAGUUCAGCACGACAUCGCCUCCUAUCAUACCCCUCUCACCAAGAUUGCCAUUGCCAGCUCCUCUACAUGUUCCUUCAGCCUCUUCCUCUGUGCCAGCAGGAAAUACAUGUACAAGAUGCGCCAAAGUCCAGACAGACAACCACAACAGGCAAAGUGAAAUAGAGGAAAUGACAAUUCGGAAACUUCAUCUCCAAAUUGAAUAUUGUGAAAUGAAAUUGAAAAAAAUUGAAGGAGGAAUAGGUGAUGAUGAUCUGUAUUAAAUUUUCAAUUAAUGAUAAAUAACACAAAUAUUUUUUCUAUCAUAUACAUCCUAUAGAUUAGUUUAAUACCACAGCAUUUUUACAUUUUUGAUUUUUUCUCUAGAAUCUAGGAAACAAAGCACCCUUAGGUAAAGGGAAUUUAAGUUAUUUGUAGAGCCAAUCCAUGGUCAAAGUCAUGACAUUUGCAUCGUGUGACCUUGAUCACUAUUGACUUUAGUAUACACAGGAGCUUAUUGUUUCACAAACAAAAGUUGUUUUAAAAACUAUUGAAAGUGCGAACUUUAACCCUACGGUCAUAACUUUUGAAUGGCGAGUGGUAGGGCUUUCAUAUUUCAUGUUUAUACAUCUAUCUAUUUUGCAUUGCUUGUAGGAGUUAUGAGAUUGAUCACUGUUCAUUAUCUUCACUUUGCAUGUUUACAAGGUAUUUCUUUUGACAAGAACUAUUUACUUGUACAAAAGAUUUGAUCUUCUGACAUUGACGUUUGACCUACCUUUUAAAAAAAAUUAACCUUGAGGUGGUGCAUUGCUUUAAUGACAACCACCCAAAAGUGUUGGAUCACAAUUCUUGAUUUUUACUUGUUUAUCUUUAAUUCAAUCUUGUCUGAAUAUGAAUUACACAUGAAAUACAUAAAUCUCAUUCUAUGCAUAAUAUGUAUAUAAUUCACAUAAUUGCAGAUCUUGUUUAAAACUGCAUUUGAUAUUUGUGUUCAUAUUUUUGUUUCAUAGUUUGGGACCCUGCCAAUAGGCAAAUGACCUAUACAUGUAGUAAUGACUGUUUGUCUGUGAAUCCUGGUGACUUUGAAAUAUUCUGUAAAUAUUCACUGUUUUUUAUACUGUAUUUUAGUACAUGUUCAAAUUAAGAAGUUGUUUUUGGUUUUAAGAAAAAAAAAGUACUUAAA